AUGACUCUUCCUCCCGGAUUUGACAGCAAGGGUGCUACCAAAGUGUGUAAGUUGCAGAAAUCUUUGUAUGGGCUUAAGCAAGCAUCUAGGAAAUGGUUUGCCAAGUUUUCUUCUACUUUGAUUUCUCAUGGAUUUAUUCAAUCCAAGGCUGAUUACUCUUUAUUUACUAGAUCACAGGGUUCUUCUUUCAUAGCUUUGCUUGUGUAUGUUGAUGACAUUGUCAUCGCAAGCAAUGAUAUUUCUGCAGUUUCAGCUUUUACUGUGUUUCUUCAUAGUGUUUUCAGUCUUAAGGAUCUUGGUCCUCUCAAAUAUUUCCUUGGAUUGGAGGUUGCUCGCAGUGAUAAAGGUAUUGUUGUUUCACAACGCAAGUAUGCACUGGACAUCCUGGAAGAUUCUGGUGUUUUGGGUGCUAAACCAGUUCUCUUUCCCAUGGAUCCUAACAUUAAACUGUCUAGGUCUGAUGGUGAAUUAUUAUCUGAUCCUUCCAGCUAUAGACGAUUGGUUGGUCGCCUAGUUUACUUAACCAUCACUAGACCUGAUUUGUCUUUUUCUGUUCAGAUGUUGAGUCAAUUUAUGGACUCUCCCCGUAAGCCACAUAUGGACGAUGCUUCUCGGGUACUUAGAUAUUUAAAGUCUUCUCCUGGACAGGGUAUUUUCUUUCCAUCUGCUUCUGAUCUCAAGCUGAAAGCUUUUUGUGAUUCGGACUGGGCGGGUUGUCCUGACACUCGUCGUUCGGUUACUGGAUUUUGUGUGUUUCUUGGAGACUCUUUGGUGUCAUGGAAGUCUAAGAAGCAGCACACCGUUUCACCUGCUGAAGCUGAGUAUAGGUCAAUGGCUGCUGUCACAUGUGAGAUCACUUGGCUUCUUGCUCUUCUUCGGGAUUUACAGCUUCCUCAUCCUGAUGCAGCUUUAGUUUUCUGUGAUAGUCAGGUUGCUAUACACAUUGCAGCCAACCCCGUCUAUCACGAGUGUACGAAACACAUUGAAUUAGACUGUCAUAUUGUUCGGGAAAAGAUUGACCAAGGCAUCAUUCGGACCCUUCAUGUGAAAUCUGCUCAUCAACUUGCAGACCUCAUGACAAAAGCUCUUCACCGACCAGUUUUUCAAGGGCUGCUUUCCAAGAUGAAUGUUCUUGAUUUAUUCCAUUCAUCUUGA